CCCCACAUCCAAGCGGCCAUCCUGUAGACCUCGUCAUCCAAUCCCUAUGCGAGUCGCCUGCAAGCUGCGAGCAACAAUACUGCACCUCAGGCCAGCAAUCUCACAGACACAACGCACUCUUCUCAUCCCACCCCGCUUGAUCCUGUCGUGUGCAUUCAGAACCAUGGCCACCACCAAGCCAUCCCUCAAAGCGGCCGACGACUUCCUCUCCUUCGUCAAUGCCUCGCCUACACCCUUCCAUGCCGUCAAAUCAGCCAAAGAGCGGCUAGAGAAGGUGGGCUUCAAGCAGAUCAAGGAGCGCGACUCGUGGGCGUCAACCAUCCACCCCGGGGGCAAGUACUACCUUACCCGUAACGGAUCCUCUAUCGUUGCCUUCGCUGUCGGCAAAAAAUGGAAGGCGGGCAACCCGAUUGCCAUGAUCGGAGCCCAUACAGACUCGCCGUGUCUGCGCAUCAAGCCUGUCUCGAAGCGCCAGGGCGAUGGUUUCCUGCAAGUGGCCUGUGAGACGUACGGUGGCGGUCUGUGGCAUACCUGGUUCGACCGUGACUUGAGCAUCGCAGGGCGCGCAAUGGUGCGGACAAAGGACGGAAACAUCGAGCAGCGUCUCGUCAAGGUGGAACGACCCAUCUUGAGAAUCCCAACACUCGCGAUACACCUUGACCGCCAGGAAAACUUUCAGUUCAACAAGGAGACCCAGCUGUUCCCCAUUGCUGGUAUGGUAGCAGCGGAGUUGAACAGGCAGGGCAAGACAGAGGAACCCAAGGACGCGGAGAGGGAGACGAAAGAUAGCAGUCAGAUCGAGCCAUUGGCCGCUCCCACCUCGAGGCAUCAUUCGUAUCUAGUCGAGAUCAUUGCAGAGGAAGCAGGUGCGGAGCCGGACCAGGUCCUGGAUUUUGAAAUAGUGCUCUACGAUACCCAAAAGUCGGCCAUUGGCGGUCUCAAUAACGAGCUCAUCUUCUCGCCGCGCCUGGACAACCUGAUGAUGACCUUCUGCAGUGUCGAGGGCUUGAUCAAGAGUCUCUCUUCGUCCACAGCCUUGGACAAUGACUCCACCAUUCGCCUCAUCGCUUGCUUCGACCAUGAGGAAAUCGGAUCCAAGACAGCACAAGGAGCGGAUUCGAAUCUCCUACCCGCCGUGCUCCGCCGCCUUUCUGUCUUGCCAGCGUCCGAGAGCGAUUCCGACAAGUCUUACGACAAGGUCGAUGCUGACACUGCCACCGCCUACGAGCAGACCUUGUCCACCUCGUUUCUCAUCUCUGCCGACAUGGCCCACUCUGUGCAUCCAAACUACCCUGCAAAAUACGAGUCGCAGCACAGGCCUGAGAUGAACAAGGGCACCGUCAUCAAGAUCAACGCCAACGCCCGAUAUGCCACAAGUACUCCGGGCAUCGUCCUGCUACAGGAGGCAGCGCGUCGCGCAAAACCAGCUUCGACUAGUCCAUCGUCGACCAAGGCAGGCGUUCCGCUACAGCUCUUUGUUGUCCGCAAUGACUCGUCAUGUGGCAGCACUAUUGGCCCUAUGUUGUCGGCUGCACUGGGUGCUCGCACACUCGACUUGGGCAAUCCUCAACUGAGCAUGCACAGUAUCCGCGAGACUGGCGGAGCUCAUGAUGUUGAACAUGCCAUCAAUCUGUUUGACAGCUUCUUCGAAAACUUUGAAGAACUAGAAAGGAAGAUUGUUGUGGACUGAUUGGACGGACCGAAGCUAUGAAGGUUAGUGUCAGCAAAAAUCUGUAGAUACUCAAGUAAAUAACAUAAGAAUGGGUUGAAACUUUGAGCACCCUGCACCUCUGGGAAUCGGAAUCUGUCGGAUUUCAUUCCGAGCCGCUUCAGGGUCCAUGCCAAGAACCCCACCAGAGUCAUCUUUCAGCGUCAUUGUGAUUUGUUCCAUUAUCUCUACAAAACCUCAAACCAUGUCGAAACCCCAGUUCUUGACUGGCGACAAAGCCGCC